UAUCGUAUGAUGUUUAAGACGACAACGUGAUUUUCAACAACACAACAUCUUUCGUGUGCAUUCAAUGUCAUUAAUUAUUUUGCUUUUUUAAGUGGAUUGAAAACUAUUUCGGAAUAAUUUCAUUCGGUUCAAGAAAUUUUCAACACAAACAUUUCUAACGAAUUCAUAAAAAAAGAAGCUGAACAAAACUUGGCAUUACAAUCGAAUCGUCACAAGUGAAAUCGCAAAGAGCUAUACAAAAUGCCGAUGGAAUUGGACGAUACGGAUAAUUUCAUGCGCAGUUUCAAUAUGUUUCCAAAUUUUCGUCGGCCAUACAACAAUGAUGAUUUACGUAUAAGAUCGAUAAAAUUCUCGGAAGAUGGUGAAACAAUGAUUUCGGCCAAUAAUCGACACACCAUUGAUUUUUACAAUUGUAACACGGCCCAACAAGUUCGGUCCGUUAACAUUUUCAAAUAUGGUGUCAGUGUUGUCGACUACAUGGAUGCCAAUGACAAAAUUUUGGUUGGUUCGGAAGCGCCUGUACGCGGUGUAUACGAAAUUCGUGAACUGAAUAUUACAAAUCAAAAGUAUGAAACAUGCUAUUUAGGGCAUUCAAAACCAUCAGUUUCGUUGUCUGUGAACACAGCAAAUAAAGUAUUUCUCAGCGGUGGUCUUGACAAAUCGAUAAUGUUAUUUGAUUUUCGGACUCGUGGCCCAGAAGUUUCACGAAACAAUUUAAGCGGUGUGCCAUUGGUGGCAUUACAUCCAUGGACUGAUUUAUGUGCAGUUGCACUUGAUGAUUCUCGCAUUGAAAUCUAUGAUUUGCGUGGCCUUAAUUAUGGACCGUUUUCAUCGUUCAAAUUCAAUUACGAUCAAAUCCAAUGGACAAGUUUGAAGUUUUCAUCGGAUGCCAAACAAAUCCUUAUUAGUUCAAACAGUUCGAAAAUUCGUGUUGUCAAUUCAUACACUGGUGCUGUUGAACAAGUUUUUGGAAGUCGUCGAAACAUGCUGAAUAUUGCGAUUGAUGCAUCGUUCACACCGAACAAUGAAUACAUUUUAAGCGGCAGCAGCGAUGGCAAUGUAUUGGUUUUCAGCAAUAAUAAAAAAUCGGGAUUGGAUCACGAACGAAAAGUGGCUGAACUGUCAUCACAUCAGCCAGAAGCAAUCACCGCCGUCGAAAUGAAUCCGAAAUAUUCACUGAUGGCCACUGCCAGUUCGUAUGUCGCAUUCUGGGUUCCAAAUGAUGCCAAUUAAAUGUUGAUUGCUUUUUGUAUUAGCAGAAAUAAUGUUUUAAUUGAACACACAAAAAUGUAUACAAUUUUAGUGAAAAAUUGUACCGUUGAUUUUUUACAAACCUUUGUAAGGUUAAAUAAGACACAGACACAAUCCUAGUGAGUAAAACAAUUAGCAAUAAAAUUUGAACGUAACAGAAAAAUGCUUAGAUGUUUGACUAGGUAAUAUUAUUGCAUCAAUCAUGGCAUAGUUAU